AUGUCGGCCAACUCCAACACCAACACUAACACUGGCGCCCAGGGCCAGCAGAGGCCGCCUCACCACCACCUCACCUCCCAGCAGCUUGACGAGCUCUCCGCCGACGCUGCCGAGUUCCCCGAGGUCGAGGCCCCCAAGCAGAAGCCCGUUGUUGGCUAUGGUGACCUCCCGAACAUUACGCGCGUGCCGACCGAGAAGGACCACGAGAACGUUGCCAAGGACACGCUCGACCAGAUGGUCGCCACGCUCGAGACCGACAAGGCUCAGAAGGGCAGCAACUAA